AUAGGAGGAAAUAGCCCAGUGGGGUUUAAACAGUCUCACGCCAGCACUAAAAAUACUGGUAUCGUACCGCUGCAUGUGACUUAGGUUUAGUUAUUAAAAAUAUAGGACCACAUCCACCUGAGACUGAGUUCUGUUUACACAGUGGUUUCUGAGCCUCCACACUCCGGCUAAGACCAGCAAGCCUCCACCACGUACAUUCACAGCAAGAUAGAGCUUGGGCUGGUUCCUUGUCCGGUGGUAAAUCGCCAGGACGGCAUGCAAGCUCUAUCGCUCCAGGGUAUGUUUGGUGGAGGUUUGCCCCUUUCCCCGGAGUGCCGAAAGCACGGAGGUCAUCGCGAGUAAUUGCGUGUCUUCCAACAACUGUUAAGCAGCAGUUGCCACAGGAUAACGCUGAAAGAGUUGCUCCGCAUCACCUUAUCACAAAAAAACGUUCUGCUGAAAAUGGAGACAGCCGACAACCAAAGAAGCCUGUUAAGCAGCAGUUGCCACAGGAUAAGACGGAAAGAGUUGGUCCGCCUCAGCCGGUCGAGAAAAGAGGCCCUGCUGAAAACGGACACAGACAGGAACGAAACAGGAGGAGGAGGCCAAAGAAGAAGCAGCUCGUAGGAGACAAUACAGAAGCACAGCAAAAGAUGGACAUAAAGAAGAAAGAGACAGACAAAAGUAAUGAAGGUGAAACAAAAAGCAAUGGAGGAGAAUCAAAACCUGCAACUACAGGAGAACAAAGAGAACCGUUUAAAAAGCGUAAGAGGCCAAGAAAGCCUAAAGGAAAUCUAAAUACAACUGAAAAGGUAGAUGACAGUACCUUCGAAUUCGGAAAUUCGGAAAGAUCAUUUAAGAAACUUGAGGGAAGCAUAUCUCCCAAAACCCUAAGAGUCCUCCAGCAAUUAGGCUUCAAGGAGAUGACGGAGAUUCAAGCCAAGUCGAUCCCUAAACUCCUUGAGGGACUGGACCUGCGAGGGACAGCCAAGACCGGAUCUGGGAAGACCUUGGCCUUUGCCAUCCCAGUGGUCGAGUUGAUGAGCAAGUUGAACUUCACGCCCAGUCAAGGAACUGGAGUUGUCAUCCUCUCUCCAACCCGCGAGUUGUCCAUUCAGACACGUGAUGUUUUGGCGCCCUUUGUGAAGGCUCACUCGCUGACAGUGGAGUUGAUUAUGGGAGGUACCAACAUGAAAACUGAAACUGCAAAGUUACAGCGAGGUGUGAAUAUUAUAGUUGCUACACCAGGAAGAUUCCUAGAUCAUCUCCGAUCGACUAAAGAUUUCGUCUUCAAAAACAUGGCGUGUCUUGUCCUUGAUGAAGCAGAUCGAAUUCUUGAUGUAGGAUUCGAGCAUGAUCUCAAGCAAAUCUUACAACAUCUACCAAGAGAACGUCAGACAAUUUUGUUCAGUGCAACAAAAGAUACAAAGACAAAUGCUUUAGCCCCACUUGCUCUUAAGGCCAAUCCUGUAGAAGUCGAUGUAGACUCUGACAAAAAGGAGGCAACAGUGGAUGGCUUAGAACAGGCAUAUGUGGAGUGUCCUAUUGAGAAGAGGAUUCCCCUCCUCUGUAAACUUAUUAAAGAGAAUCAGGACAAAAAGGUCAUGAUUUUCCUGAACAGCAUCUGGAACGUCAAGUAUUACCACCACCUCCUUAACUGCUUGGGAAUUCCUGUUUCACUCCUUCAUGGGAGAAUGUCACAGAAUAAACGAACCGAAGGAUUCUUCACGUUCAAAAAUCAAACGAAAGGUACAUUGCUGUGCACCGACGUGGGUGCCAGAGGCUGGGACAUUCAAGGCAUCGAGUUGAUAAUCCAGUUUGAUCCUCCCUCUGACCCCAUGGAGUACAUUCAUCGGGUUGGAAGAACUGCCAGAGCUGGAGGCAGUGGCAGUGCCAUACUGUUUCUUCAACCACACGAAAGUAUGUUCAUUGCUUACAUGAAGUCCCGCAAUGUUACCCUUCCUCCCAUGGAUCUUUCAUGGGGGGAAGUAGAAGAUCUGAAGGUCGAGGAGUUAAACCAGCAGGAUGAGCACCUCCCCGGGAUGGGAAAGAAGGCUUACCGUGCUUUCCUACGAUCCUAUAUGGCCCUUCCCCUGAAAUCUAUCUUUGAUCCGAAUAAACUGGAUACAUUAAAGGUUGCUAAAGCAUAUGGCUUCACGAAAGAACCACUGAAAGUGCGUGGAUUAAGAAAGGAAAAACGUAAAUGAAAGAAGUGAUAUUUUUAGGUUGUGAUGCAUUUGUCUUAUUUUAAUUUUUUUUCCUCUAGUUACUUCAAGGUUAUUUCUUCUCUUUUUUUUAUGUAUUUAUUUAUUUUUUCUUUUACUCUCCUCUUCCUCUCACUUCCUUUCUUUCUUGUUUUUCCUCCUUUGGUUUUAUUUUUUAUUUUCCUUUUCUCUUUUAUCUUUUCUCUUUUUCUUCUCUCUUUUUCUUCAUAUUUUUCUUCUUUGCUCUCCUUUUCUCUUUUAUCAUCUUUUCUCAUUUCUCUCACUUUCUCUUUUCUUUUCUCAUUUCUUUUCCUUUCCCUUUUCUCUCUUUUUCUUUUAUCUCUGACCAUUUGCCCAGAACUGCUUUAGAAGAUUUGUUGCCUUAACCCAUUCGCGCCGGGUAGAAAUGAACAAAAAUUGGGGAAAAUGCCGUGCUCAUUUUUUAUAUUUUUUCGUGAAAUAUCUCUACACUAGAUGGCUCUGCCUUACCUGAUUUCACCUUUACUUGAAUUGGCGGGAAAAUGUAUUUUUACUAGUGCUAUGAAUAUCGAGGGUUAUUUUUGUUAUAAACUUUAUAAUUACUAAAAUGUUGUAAACAUUUGUAACAGCAAAAUAAGAUAACGUAAAAUAUUUUCGUAAAUUAAAGAAAAGGGUAAACAGGCAAGAGAGGCAGUACAAGUACAAGUGCAGCCAUCUAUGUGUGAAAACAAUUAAACAAGUAAACUCAUAGUGGGCCUGUCACAUAUAUGUGACACCCGGCGCGAAUGGGUUAAAUUUUUACCUAUAACAAAGCAUUGAUAUAUUCACUCAAAUGUUCUACAGCUUAAUGAGUGUACUACAAUAACAUGAAUAUAUCAGUGAUGCUAGAGAUGAAAAUUAAAGCUAGCAAAACAUUUCAUAAAUGCUUUUUCGGGUAGUUGGUCUGAAAACACAUUUGGACACAUACUCUCAUUUGACUUGGAGUAUCAGAUAUUAUUUUUAUGAUUUCCAGUUUUAUAUUACCUUUCAUGUAGCUGUUAGGUAUACAGGCUCAGCCUAUAUAUAUAUUUUUUUUUGUUAUGAGCAGGUUGUACUGUUAUGUGGAUAAUAGUGAGUGUUAUCACUAAAGUUAUCAUUUUAGUUUUUUCCUUUCUCUCUUUUUUUCCUUUCUUUCUCUCUUUUCUGUUCUUUUUUGUUUGUCAGAAUAUGACAUGGCCUUAGGUAUGAAAGCUGAGAUUCGGUAAUAGUACAAGCUGUGCUUCUAGGGAUCAUUACAUGUUUUAUAUGGAUGCAUUUACUUUAAAAUGUAUAGAUCUUUUCAUAAAAUAAAAUAAAAAUAUUGGAAUUU